CCCUACAUGGCUCGGGCCUCAUUGCCAGGGGAGCGCUCCGACGCUCCACAAUGCGCAAUUUCAACUGGGAAACCCUUCCUCAACACAGUGUGAUAGGAAAGCACAACAUCUGGACAGCAGAUAAGACUGAUGGGGAGUACGAGCUGGACACUGAUCACAUGGAGGAGCUGUUCAGCAACAAGCAGGGCCAGCAACAAGUCAAGGCCCUGAACCGCCAGAGUCUGAGGGGCCUGCCAACUGCCGCCUCAGGAGGGGCAAUGGUUUCCAUCCUCAGCUCCAAGAGAAGCAUGAACAUGGGAAUUUUCCUGAAGCAAUUCAAGCGGCCUGUAAAAGUCAUGAUUGACGAAAUUAAAUCAGGAAGUGGUCUCAGUUUUGGUUCUGGGAAACUGAAGGAGCUGUGCAAGCUGCUACCAGAUGAAGAAGAGGAGAAGCAGCUGGUCAAUUUUAAGGGCGACCACUUUUCUCUCCCAGAAGCAGAUCUGUUCAUGCUAAUGCUGGUCAAGAUUCCUUGCUAUGGAGAGCGUCUCAGCAGCUUGGUGCUCAAAGAGGAAUUUUUCCCCCUCAUGCAUGAAAUGAAAGAAUCCAUAUGCACUCUGACAGCAGCUGGAAAAGAGCUGUUGGAGUCUGAUCAUCUCCAUUCUGUCAUCCGCCUGGUACUGAAGACCGGAAAUUACAUGAAUGCUGGUGGCUAUGCAGGCAGUGCAAUUGGCUUCCGAAUGGCUUCUCUGUUGAAGUUAGUGGACACCAAAGCAAACAAACCCGGAAUGAAUCUUAUGCAUUAUGUCGUGAUGCAAGCUCAGAAGGCAGAUGUGGAGCUGCUUAACUUUACAGACCAACUCAAACACAUUGAAGCUGCAGCAAGAAUGAAUAAAGGGGAAAUUGAAGCAGAGUUUGAAAAGCAGGUGAAGAAGGUCCGAGAUGCCAAAGCAGACACCUUGAAGCAAGAAGACCUCAAGGCACAGAUGUGUGAUUUUUUAAAGGAGGCUGAGGUCUGCUUGUCAGAAAUAGAAAUUGAUCUUCAGCAAUUGCAGUCAGUGAGUGACUCUGUGGCAGAGUACUUCUGUGAAUCCCCAAACAAGUUCAAACUGGAGGAGUGCUGCUCCAUUUUCAACUCCUUUUGUGAGAAAUUUAUGCGAGCCAUGCAGGAAAACAAGGCUCGAGAGGUGGCAGAGGUGCAGCGGAGACAGAGAGACAGGUUGCAGAAUGUUACCAAGCGCAGGUCCACAGCUACCUGCUCCAGUAGAGACAAGGAAAUGGAUGAAGUUGCAUUGCAAUCCGUACUACAGAACUUCCUUACCAAACGUGUCUCUCGGAGGAGACCGGGAUUGCCCUCAUCCGCUCAUGGAAGCCCCACGAGUGGCAGCCCCAAUGUCGGGAGUCUAUCAGAAAUAACCUCUCAGGCAAACCUCCCCACUGGAAGUCAAAAAAGAGAAGGCUCUUUUAGAGCUGUGGACAUGGGCAGAAAAGAGUGGAAUUCAGCAGUUGAACUCACAGAGAACUCUUCACAAAAGAAAGCCCAGUCUAAUAGCGAGGACAACAAGGCAAAAGGGGGCAUUCCUCAUGAAGAGGUGGUGAAAACUUCCAGAAAAGAGGACUCUAGAGGUUCUGCACACCCAGCCCAUAGGACCACCAGCAUUUUCGCCUCAGGCAGAUCUUUCUCAGUCAUCAUUGAUGGGAAUGAGGAGGAUCUACAGGAUAAUGAUGAAGAGGAGGCCCAAAAGUUGCGCGAAGCAUCUAAAAAGGUUUUGCACUUUCAGAACAGCCGUGGCAGCAUCUCAUCUGGGGAUUAUUCUCUGGAGAAUCAGAAAUCUCCUGGUCCAAUUAAAACUUUGCCUCGUCAAUGCACCUUCGAUGAGGACAUGGAGAAGUAUCCUGGAGACCCAACCAAUCAGGAUUUAGUUCAAUUUUUGCUCGAUCCUCAAUCCACCUCAAAACCUAACCGGCGCCAUACUCUUUCUACCGCAGUCCCUAAAACUAAGGAAGAGGAAGAUAAUCUGUGCCCUAAAACCCCAAUCAGAACUCCUAAUUCUGCGGCAAGAGAAAAAGGGACAGUGCCAACAGAGGGUGCGGGACAAAAUCCCUCAGAACAAGUGUUUGACUUUACUGACGUAUCUCACAACAUUGAAAAAUCUGGUGCUCCAGACCAGAAUUCUCCAUCAGCAGAGAAGAAAAGCAAGCCAAAUGUUUCUGUAACCCCUGUUCCAGAUGAAGGUCUUGUGGCUCAAAAGGAAGUGGGCAAAUCGUUGGAGCCCAAAGGCAACCACGUGCAGAGGAAUAGUGAAAGUGUGACCCCCAAGAGUGCAUGGAUUAAGACUGAAAACACUGGACUAUUUUUUAGCUUUUUAAAACGCCUUGGAGACAUGGGCAAACAGCAGAUCAGCAAGGAAACUGCCCAUAAGGGCACUGGGUCUGGUGUAUAGGCUUUGAAACAUGUACAAUGUAAUGUCAGGGAAGCACAUGUGACUGCAGUGUUACUUGUAAUUAACUUAUCAUGGUGAUGAUGUAGUGUUAUAUUUAAUGUUACUUUGUAAAUUGAUAAUGAGGUCGUUAAGAGAAGGAGAGACGGUUUUAGGAAAGUGGUUGGAGAAGGGAAGGUUGAGGAAAGGCCAUUGUGUAUGUUGUACCACUAGAUGGCAGAAUAUACCAGUAACAUGGUAAUCUAGCUCAGAAAAUAUGGGUGGUGUUGAUUUCCAGGCAAUCUGUGCAUUGCCUUGUAAACAAAGAACUGUGGGCCACACACUGUAAAACGUUUGUCUGAUGAUAAUAUUCCCUCAUCAGUUGGAUACAUUACUUACAGUGUGUUUUCUUUGUCUGGAUUGAAAUUGUACAGCCUUGCAGAAUGUAUUGAGAAAGUCAAUGAGCGUGAGAGAAUUCAGACUGUUUACAAUCCUGGUUUGGUUGCUAUUUUUGAUACUUUGAUAAAAGACUACUUUUCUUGCUCAAUUCAGCCAUUGUUUUGAGCUUAAAUGGGUCAGUGUUACAAAAGGCAGCCUGUAUCUGAGCAGAGCUGACCCACAGACUCUCAGUGUCAAAGUGAAAGGUGCUGAUCUCAAAUUAACUUGAGAAGAGAUUACUGUGCUCAAAGGGCCAACACCUGCUGGCCUGUUAUGAUGGAAGGGAACCGGCCUCCCCGCAUUUACAGUGUGGACACUGCUCCAGGAAACGGCCCCAAUGUCUCCGAUCGCUAGGAUCGGAUUCAAGGGGUCAGUGAGGCCACAGCUUGUGCCAAUACAAGGCAAUACAAAAUAUAAGUUUGACUACUGGCAUCUCUUAGCAGUUGACACCAGGGUUACAAUAUUAAGCUUUUUAGGAUUAUGUCCAGCUGUCCGACUGAAGUGUAACAAUGAGGUAAUGAAUAUGACCUAUUUAGUUUUGUUCUAAUGUAAACACCACCUGGAGUGAUCUGAAUGCUUUCUAUAUUUUUCUUACCGUUGGAUAUUUAUAGGACUAAGAUGGAUAGCUAUCAAAAUUACAGAGAAACAAAUAGCGUUGUCACUGACUCGUGAGUUGUCAAAUUGUUCUUUGUAACUGUCGAAUCAGAAAGAGUUGUAAAUAAAUAUCUAUGAAUACCAUAGACUGUAUAAAAUGAUGAUUACCCAUUUUUUGUAUAUAAGAGAAUCACGUAAGGUAAAAGGGUCAAGGUAACUACUCUCCAACUAAGAGUAUUUAUAUCUUUAUUUACAUAUUUAUAGUAACAAAUAGAAACAACAUAUUCAUACUGCUCUACAAUGUUUGUAACGUGCGAUAACACAGCAUACUAAAAGUGAAAAGCUCCCCGGCCAUAAUAAUGAUUAUUUGU